CAAGGUGUCACCGCGCGGUUGCUAAUCAGAUAUCGCCAGAUCCGAGGUACCGGCGAGUUUGGGGGCCGACUAUGGGUCCACCCAUACGACCUCCGCCCCCUGGUUACUGACAAAUACAGGGGGCUAUGGCUGUUUACCAGUGAUCGCUUCAUGGAUCUGGUACCAGCAUGAUGGAGCCUUACACGCAACUCUCCGUACCCUGUUCGGAUGAAAUACAUACAUGAACCAGGCCACAAGGUGGAGUUGACGCAUAUCGGAACCAUCUAGUACCGGGGUGGCUGUUUUGCCUGUUCGUUGCUGUCUCGAAUAAAUAUAAGCCUGUGUGUCCUCGGCUCGUCUUGCUCAAGGAGGAAGAGAGGAGAAUAUUCGUCCAAGCGUUUAUCAACACACGCAUGGCCCGUUGCUGAGGCUCUAACCAUCUAGUUUACUUGGCCUUCUUUAGUCGGCAGUCCCUCACUUCGAGUACACAGUAUACCUACCCUUUUUUUGUCGUUGUUGUAUCAGCAUCUACCCAUUCGAACAUACAUACACCCUAAUACCGGCCGAACCAUCAGUCAUCAUGGCUGCCGGCACACCAAAGUCGUCCGGGUCGUCGACGGCGACAGCCAUGGACAUCGAAUGUCAAAACACCCAAGUCAGCAAAGUCUCGCAUUGGUACCUCCUACUCAACCCCGGUGGAAUUACAGAUGCCGUCCGCAACCACCACUAUGAGGGCGAGGGCACACAUGAAAAGCCGUAUAUCGUCGACUACCUCCCCGUUGACGGACACAACGCCAUGCAAUAUCCCAAAUGGAAGAAGUGGACCAUUACCAUCCUACAGGCCGUCGCCACCUUGGCCGUGGCCUUUGUCAGUACCGCCUUUUCUGGAGGCAUCAAGGAGAUUAUCAUUGGGUUUGGGGUCAGCACAGAGAUUGCCAUCUUGGGUGUUUCGCUUUUCGUCCUUGGUUUCGCUGUUGGGCCGGUACUAUGGGCGCCUCUCAGCGAGUUCUACGGUCGCCAGAUUCUCUUCUUCCUCACCUACAUGGCCUUGACAGCAUUCAAUGCUGGCGCUGCUGGCGCUCAGAAUAUCCAGACCCUCGUCAUCCUCCGAUUCUUUGGCGGUACCUUUGGUGCUUCGCCCUUGACCAACUCGGGUGGUGUUAUUGCUGACAUGUUUAAUGCCAAGGAGCGUGGUAUUGCCUCUAGUGUCUUCGCCAUGGCUCCCUUCUUGGGUCCCUCCAUCGGCCCUAUCGUUGGUGGCUUCUUGGGACAAGCCAAGGGCUGGCGCUGGGUCGAAGGUGUCAUGGCCAUCUUUACCGGCGUCCUCUGGAUCGCCUGCUCCCUCACUGUCCCCGAGACAUACGCUCCCGUUAUCCUCCGUCGCCGUGCGAAGAACCUUAGCAAGGAAACCGGCAAGCUCUACGUCUCCCGCCUCGACCUGCAGACUCGCCACCAAACCGUUGGACAACAAAUCAAGAUCUCGCUCCUUCGCCCCUGGAUCUUGCUCUUCACCGAGCCCAUCGUUCUUCUCACCUCGCUCUACAUGGCCAUCGUCUAUGGCACCCUCUACCUCAUGUUCGCCGCCUUCCCUAUCGUUUUCCAGCAGAUCCGCGGUUGGAGCCCUGGCAUUGGCGGCCUUGCCUUCGUCGGCGUUGCCGUCGGCAUGAUGCUCGCAGUUGGCUACUCCAUGUAUGACAACAAGCGCUACUCGCGUGUCGCCGACAAGCAUGGCGGCAUGGCGCCCCCCGAGGCCCGUUUGCCCCUCGCCAUCGUCGGCUCCAUCUUCCUUCCCGUCGGCCUCUUCUGGUUCGCGUGGACCAACGGCCCCGAAGUGCACUGGGUGGUGCCCAUUAUCGCGUCUGGCUUCUUCGCCGGCGGCCUGGUCAUGGUCUUCCUCAGUCUCAUGGGCUACCUGAUCGACUCGUACACCAUCUUUGCCGCCUCUGUGCUGGCCGCCAACUCGGUCCUCCGCUCACUUUUCGGCGCCGCUUUCCCCCUCUUCACCACCUACAUGUAUGCCGACCUUGGUAUUCACUGGGCUUCGACCAUCCCUGCCUUCCUCGCGCUCGCUUGCGUGCCGUUCCCCUUCUUCUUCUGGAAGUACGGCCACUUGGUCAGAAUGAAGUGCAAGUAUGCUGCUGAGGCGGCGCAGGCGCUCGCAAAGAUGCUGGCAGCUGCCAAGGCGAGACAGGAGCAGCAGGAAGGCAGGAGCGGAGCUGCUAUACAUCAGCAGCCGCAGGUUGCUGUCCCUGCCGGUGUCGCGGAGGAGAACGAGGAGGUAUUGGAGACAAAGGAGGCUUAUUCCAACAUGCCUACGGUUUCGGCCGUGAGUGAUGAUGAGAGGACAAUGCACGGGUCGGGGAACACGACGGAGCUGGAGGAGGAGAAGGUUAGACGAGGGUAUGAGUGAAGGGGUUUGACUUUUUGGUUAUCUGGUCCUUACAUCUUAUCUUCAUACAUUCACUUUUUCGCAUAUUGUUUGCGUUUGGACAUACCAUUUGGGUCUUGGAUGGAUGACAUGGUUCAUUGCAUGCAUGGCGAAACAUCGUUUGACGACACUUUUUAUCUUGGGUUUUUGACACUUUCUUUUUGGUUCUUUUUCCUGGAUACGAUACCAAACCUGGCCAGACAGCCAGCGGAACAUGAACACAUAGAUGGUCAGUGGGUUAUAGAUGGGGAAAGGUGGUUGAUGAGCCCAAAAUUGGCGAUAGACAUUAAAAUCUGGUGAAUAUACCCACUUUACACAAUCCAUAUUCUCGC